GCCAGAAGCAGUUGAAUCAGUGGUUCAGUGCUAUUCGAUCAAGCCAACUUCACACUGGGGUGUACGCGAGUGUUUGUGAGUGUUAGUGAACCACGUGGAUUAUUUUUUUCGGUGAAUCAAUGAGCUGACAUUUUGGGUCAAUAAAAACGGUCUUCGGUAAAGUUAUGGUCGAAGAAAACGACGAAAUGCAAGACUGCCUGGAGAACACUCUCCGUCUGAAUCGACACGAAGAAAUCGAACUACCAACACUUACAAAUGCCCCAAACUCCUCAAAUCAACUACCUGUAUCGAAAAAAAGCAGUUUACCAGAAAGAGGGACAUGGGGUAGUAAAUUAGACUUUAUAUUAUCGGUUGUGGGGCUUGCUAUAGGUUUAGGAAACGUUUGGCGAUUUCCCUAUUUAUGUUAUAAAAAUGGGGGUGGAGCCUUCCUCAUACCGUACUUCAUCACACUCAUAUUGGCGGGAAUCCCCAUGUUCUUUAUGGAACUGGCUCUUGGUCAGAUGUUGACCAUUGGAGGACUUGGUGUCUUCAAAAUAGCACCCAUCUUCAAAGGUAUUGGUUAUGCAGCAGCUGUAAUGUCAUGCUGGAUGAACAUUUACUAUAUUGUAAUAUUGGCAUGGGCGAUAUUCUACUUCUUCAUGUCCAUGCGGUCAGAUGUACCUUGGAGGACUUGCCAUAAUUACUGGAACACUGAAUAUUGUGUCAACCCUUAUGACAGAGGAUCACUUACAUGCUGGGAGCAAUUCAAUCCCAACAAUAGUUUUAGCAAAAUUUGUUCGAUCAAUAACCACAAUGUUUCCUUAGCAGAUCUGACAGACCCGGUAAAAGAAUUCUGGGAGCGUAGAACACUGCAAAUUUCCCCUGGCAUUGAACAUGUUGGUUCAAUUCGUUGGGAGCUAGCUGGUACUCUGCUUUUCGUCUGGAUUCUAUGUUAUUUUUGCAUAUGGAAAGGUGUCAGAUGGACAGGAAAAGUUGUCUACUUCACCGCACUUUUCCCUUACGUACUUUUGACAGUAUUACUUAUUAGGGGUAUAACCCUCCCAGGAGCAAUGGAAGGUAUCAAAUUCUAUGUUAUGCCCAACAUGUCCAAGCUGAAGGAAUCCGAAGUGUGGAUUGAUGCAGUAACCCAGAUUUUCUUCUCGUAUGGUUUGGGUCUAGGCACACUUGUUGCUCUGGGAAGCUACAACAAAUUCUCCAACAACGUAUACAAGGAUGCCUUGAUUGUAUGUUCCAUCAACUCCAGCACCAGUAUGUUUUCUGGUUUCGUUAUAUUUUCUGUAGUUGGCUUCAUGGCGCAUGAGCAACAGAAGCCGGUAGCAGAAGUCGCUGCUUCAGGACCUGGUUUGGCCUUUUUGGCCUAUCCCUCAGCUGUUCUCCAACUCCCAGGGUCUCCAUUAUGGGCCUGCCUGUUUUUCCUGAUGAUAUUGUUGAUUGGUUUAGACUCCCAAUUCUGCACAAUGGAAGGAUUUGUUACUGCAAUAAUCGAUGAAUGGCCUCACCUUCUCAGAAGGAGAAAGGAAAUUUUUAUUGCUGCUGUGUGUGGCCUUUCCUACUUAGUUGGACUAUCCUGCAUAUCACAGGGUGGAAUGUACGUGUUCCAAAUAUUGGAUUCUUACGCUGUCAGUGGCUUCUGCCUACUCUUCUUGAUAUUCUUCGAAUGCACCGCCAUCUCUUGGGCCUUUGGUUGUGACAGGUUUUACGAUGGCAUCAAGGAAAUGAUCGGCUACUAUCCCAUGAAAUGGUGGAAAUUCUGUUGGACCAUCACAACACCAGCAAUUUGUUUGGGAGUUUUCAUUUUCAACAUAGUUCAGUGGACUCCGGUGAAAUACCUCAAUUAUGAGUUUCCUCUUUGGGCGCAUCUCUUUGGAUGGUUUACAGCGUUAUCAUCUAUGUUAUGUAUACCUGGAUACAUGAUUUAUAUUUGGCUCAAGACUCCAGGAAGCAACGACACUAAAAUGCGACUGCUCGUCAGGAUAGAUGAUGAUGUGAAAACGUUGAGGGCUAAAAUGCAAGCAUCUGCUGUUUAAAUUCUCGAACUUUUAAUUUUUAUAGUUGCCGAAGUUUUGUUAAUGUAUUUAAGUUGAGUUUUAUUAUAUAAGCAUUUAAAUAAUCAUAAUAAUUUAUUUUAGGUUAAAUUGUUGAAUAUAUUGGUUCGAAUAUA